AUGUGUGUGAAAGUGUGUAAUAACUGUAAGUGUCCGCGAGAUUCACACGCCGUAUACCACGAGGAGUUUGUGGACGUCCGCCAGCGAUUGGGCUUCAAAAACAAUGGCCCCGACUAUAAGGAACGGACCCUUCAGGAGGGCUACUCGUGGGUACCCCUGGGUGUCACCAGCGAAAAGAUUGAGCAGUACUUCUCGAAGCUACCGGAGCAUAAAGUGCCGCGACUGGGGACGCCGGGUGAGAAAUAUCGGGACAGGCAGUUGAUCGUACAGCUGCCCAAACAGGACUUAGCGCUGGCUUAUUGUAAAUUCAUAGAACCAGACAAUUGGAAACUCUUUGAAGAGUUUGUCAAUACUAGGAAUGAAUGCGCGCUCGACAUCGGAUACAUCAAGAUUUGUGUCGACAAAACGANUGAAGAAUGCAUGCGCCUCAAAGCCGAUACACUGGUGACAGUCGUUGCACUUCUGGCCGAUGUCUACUUCGGUGAUCACGAUGUCCUGUAA